AUGCCAUCGCAACCAAUCUACUCUCCAUCCAUUGUUCGAACGUAUUCCGAUGGUCCUGUUCAAGUUCGACCCCGUCAGGCUGCUCCCAAUCGACCACCACUUAGCCCAACUUUCGGAGAUCCACCACCUCGAACCAACUUAGCCACUCAAUGUCUACAUCGAACGCUUCUGCUGAGGUCAUCAACUCGAACUGCAACCAGUCCUUCUACGGGUUCACUAAGUCCCGGAAUACAUUCUGCACCCAGCGAGCUCGUCCACAAACCCAUUGAUGAGGAAGAAGUCGUAGCAAGACCAAAUCUACUGAAACUUGAAGAAAUCACGCCAUUUUCCAUUCAUGCCGAACGAAGAGUCUCCGAGUGUCUGACAAUAGCUUCCCACUGGUCAACCACCAACUCUGGGUUUGUUCAAUUUAUUGAUUUAUCGAUUGAUCGCUACCUAAACUUUUGUGCUAUGUAUGUUCAAUACAAAUGA